AUGACCCGUCAUAGCGUCGGGCAACUUGUAAUAGAUGCUUUGGCAACCAGAUUGGGCAUUCGUUUAACAUCGGACCGUGGAGGUUACUCUGGUCAAGGCAAUGUGCUCAUUGGCGAGACGAGAGUCAACCUUGCUCUCUACAAAUCAAAGUCCCUGAUGAAUAUUUCCGGUCCUUCCAUCGUCAAAGCCUACAGGCAAACAGUAAACUCUCCAACUUCAAUGAUUGUACUCGCCGACUCUUUAUCACACCGUGUUGAAGCCGUAUCUAUGAAACUUGGAGGCUCUGCCAAUGGGCACAACGGUGUCAAAAGCAUAAUUUCCGCACUUGGUGGGGAAAUGGGUUUUUAUCGUUUACGCCUUGGUAUAGGACGCGACGAGUCCGACGCGGCUGAGUACGUUAUGCGCCAACUUUCGUCGUACGAACGACGAUACUGGGUGAAUGAGGGCCUUGACCUUGUUCUCCAUGAAAUAGAAAAGGUAGCGCUGAAAAUACGAUAA